AUGGAGCAUCUCCCACUUCCAUCCAGCUCCCCCAGCGACCUACCGCGCGUGCCAUGCGUCUGCAGAGAAUCUCUUUACGAUGGAGGCGACUUCAUGGCCUAUCCCGUGCGAGCCGGAUGGCCAUGCGUAUUACAGAAAGGAGAUGAGUUGAAUUGGGCAACCGCGGAAAAUCUCCAGCCAAGCGAUGACAAGCUUCUGGAGUCUUUUCUACAGUCCUGGCUCUUUUUCGGACUUUUGCAUCAUGUUCUCGCGCCCGUACAGCUGUACUCCCCGGAUGACUACCUCACGGCCAGCGGAGAUUCGCUACAUGUACGUACAACUAGUCUUGAGAACAAGCUCUCAUCGUGGCUGAAACUUGUGCGUUCUUUUCCACCCGACCACAGAGCCCGUGUCCUAGCCAGCCUCACACAAUGUCUGAAACUGGCACAUGUGGCUUAUCAGGUCACUUUAUUGCCCUCUCACCAGGCGUUCGACAAGACUAUCAGACUCGGCUUGGGCGCUGUGUACGAGGCUAUUGAGGCUGCCGCAGACAUGGCUUGUGACGAGAAGUUCGAUAUGCUCAGCGUUGCUCCAAAAAUCGACGAGUUGACGAGGAACAUCAUGAUAUCGAAUGGCUGGUGCCCUGCCGAGAUUUCCGCAGCCGCCAACGAUUUCUGCUCUCUUUCUGGACGCAUCUAUCUACAAUACAUGCGGAAGCCAGAUGUGGGUAUAGCACACACCACCUGUACACCGGAAGCUUGCACACAGAUACAAAGUAAUCUGGAAACUUAUCAACCUAGGCAUGUUACCAAAGGUUGCCAUUGCGAGAAUCUGGGUCCCAAAAUGGAUGGAAUCAUCGCAUGUCUCGAGCAGGAUAGCUUUCCUCUGUUGACCAUCGACGAGACGGGUGAAUUGGAGGUUCGCCCAUUCCAAUCUGGCAUGUCAUACGUGGCUCUAUCUCACGUCUGGGCUGAUGGGCUGGGAAAUCCCCACGAAAUGGCUCUUCCUCGCUGCMAAAUCUCAAAAUUACGCAGUCUUCUCACAGGUGUACGUCAAAUGACGUUUCAGAGCGGAGAUGAUAUGAAACCAUCCGACAACAAAGAGCUAUAUCUGUGGUGUGAUACGUUGUGUUGUCCGACAAGUCAGCCUGGCAAGGCAGCAGCUAUGAGUAAACUCAGAGCGGUCUACCAGAACAGCAGUUGUGUGCUACUUUUAGAGAGUACGCUCGCGGAGUAUUAUAGAUACUCGGAAAUGGACCAGCUCGAAGCGAUGAUGAGAGUUCUUACGAGUAAGUGGAUCAGAAGAUUAUGGACGUAUCAAGAGGCAGGUUUGACGAGGAAACUACUUGUGCAAUUCAAGGACGGGCCUGUUGAUAUGAAGAUUAUAUGGGAUAGCGUUCGACUUGAACUUAAGCAUCGAAUUUCUGGCCGCUACUUGUACCGCAAUGCUGCUUUUGGCGGCUCCGUACUGAGGACACUGUUCAAUCAAGCACCAAAUCUAACCCACCGGAUUGAAGAAGUUGAGUUCGCAAUGGCAGUCCGAGGUCUCUCAUAUCGACGUGUCAGCGUACAAACAGACGAGGCAUUGUGUCUCGCUGCCGUCUUUGAUCUGGACAUGGAAGCUGUAUUGCGAGAAGAUCCCGAGAGGAGGAUGGAGAUUGUCUGGUCACUCAUGCUCGCGAGCAAAAGAGGUAUUCCCGAGACCAUGAUUUUCAACGAACAACCUCGUUUAACUUCGAUUGGAUAUCGCUGGGCUCCUGCUACCCUCCAGCAACCAGUCACUAGAUUCCCGACUUUACCGCCACGGGGAGAUCGGAUCGCAAGGGCCAUCGCUCCAUUUCAUGGACUCCCUGUCUCGCGUCCAGGCUAUCGGAUUCGGCUCGCUGGACCGCCUUCGUGCCUAUCCAGUAACUUCUCGCCACCAAUAUCGCCUGAACAUUUACUCUGCCGUCUACGAGACUCCAACGGUAGAUGGUUGAAUAUGUACAUGGAUCGAUAUUUGGGUGAGGGUGAGCAGCCAUCGUUGUUGACCCUUUUACAGGACCGACGAAGAGACUGGCAUCUCAUUUUGGAGGGUAGUCUUGGCGGAAAUGGAUUAGCUUCUCAACAGCGUGCGCUCCUGGUAUACCUCGAUCACCACUGCUCCGGCCUGGAAAUCUCUAGAUCCACCGCCAUUGUCCAAGUAGCAUAUGAACAACAAGGGUGGGAUUCCUUCCGGCAGGGUAUAUAUCCCACCGCCGCCAGAUUGCGGGAAAUGUGGCCAAUCCAACUCCUCACAGUCGGACAUCGAUGCGAAAUGGUGUUUUCCGCCAUUUUGUCUUGGUUUCCUGCUCUAUUGCGGCGUCCUGCCUUUGUCAUGAUGAAUAGGGGUUUCAGCAUACUUGGGAGAGCGAUAGCGCGAUGGAUUGCAGCGAGAAUUCAAAGGCAAGCAGAGUUGACAUCGAAGAUUCCUAGGCUUGCAGCUUGGAUGAAACAUAUGAAUGCGAAAAGGGGUACUGCUGCAACUGAUGUUGAGGAUGUCGAGGCGUUUGUGUUGCCUAUCUUCAUGGGCCGUGUGGCGACGGWACUUCAAGAGUUUGGUCCUGAACAUGUAUGGUAUGUCGAUUAG